AUGAGCUGGGCCCAAGCCAUCCUGCUGGCCCGGGGCCUCUCUCGGGGCUGCGGAGUCAUCUGCGGGGCCACCGUCACGGGACCCCCCUUCUCUCAGGUGUCCCUCCAGGCCCCGCGGGGUCUCCACUGCAGCGCAGCCACCCACAGCUCUGACUCCUGGCUGGUCCCUCCCCCACCUAAGCCCCCAAGGGGACCCACCAGGGCCCUGGCACCCCACGAGGAGCUGUUUAGGCGGGCACCAGAUGGGGCACAGGACAAGGCGAACUUUGUGCGGGCCGUGCAGACCUUCGGGCAGCAUAACGUGCACAAGCGGGGCCACGUCGACUUCAUCUACCUGGCCCUGCGCAAGAUGCGGGAGUACGGCGUCGAGCGGGACCUGGCCGUCUACAACCUGCUGCUCGACGUCUUUCCCAAGGAGGUCUUCCGGCCUCGAAGCGUCUUCCAGAGAAUCUUCAUCCACUACCCACGGCAGCAGGAGUGCGGGAUUGCUGUCCUGGAACAGAUGGAGAACCAUGCGGCUCUUGCCAAAGUGGAUAGAAAUGAAGGAGGGGCGGGCUUGGCUCGACGGAUGCCUUCUGCCAAAGACUCCACAGGUGCGGCAGAUGCCACUGAGUCCCACAUCGUAGGCAUCCAGACUCCUGAUCAGCAGGCUGCCCUGGCCCACCACAACCCAGCCCGGCCUAUCUUCGUCGAGGGCCCCUUCUCCCUGUGGCUCCGAGACAAAUGUGUCUAUUAUCACAUCCUCAGAGCUGACUUGCUGCCCCCGGAGGAGAGGGACACCCCUCACUCAGGUUAUUGUAUCUUCUCGACUACCCACGUGUCCCAGGGCCCGGUCUUUGUCAUGCACUGCCUGGGCUGUCUCAGUGUCCAGGCCCCAGUCCUGCGUGACUUACACAAACCAAGCUACUGCAAAUAG